GCCAGGGCUGAACUUUGAAAGUGUUACCGGGUCAGUCUCUCCUCUUCCUUCUUCUCAGGGUCUGUAAACCAUGGUGAACGUGCCGAAGACCCGCAGGACUUACUGCAAAAAGUGCAAGCGGCACCAGCCGCACAAAGUUACUCAGUACAAAAAGGGCAAAGACUCUCUGUAUGCCCAGGGAAAGAGGAGGUAUGACAGAAAGCAGAGUGGCUAUGGUGGUCAGACUAAGCCGAUUUUCAGAAAGAAGGCUAAGACCACAAAAAAGAUUGUAUUGAGGCUGGAGUGUGUGGAACCCAACUGCCGGUCCAAAAGAAUGCUGGCCAUCAAGAGAUGCAAGCACUUUGAGCUGGGCGGAGACAAGAAGAGAAAGGGCCAGGUGAUCCAGUUCUAGGCUCCUGGACUGUUCUAUUAAGGCCAAUAAAGGAACUGAAAUAUGCUUGAA